AUGAGCGAACAGUAUGCACUAGCGGAUAUUCCGCUUUUCUCACCAAAUCAGCAUGCGGCUUUCCGUAGAGGUGGAUAUGAGACAGUACUUGAUCUAUUCCUGUCUAUGCCACAGGACAUAGCCAAGAAAUGUCGUGUUGGCGUGCGAGAGGCGAAUGAGAUGCUGGAUAUGGCGUCGAGUGCAAUCACGAAACCACCUCGACGACUUUCGGAUAUCCCCCAGGAACCCUCAUGUUUCACUACCGGAGAUGACACUUUGGACAAGAUGCUUGGAGGAGGAAUAAGGACAGGCAUGCUUUGGGAGAUUGUUGGCGAAGGUGCGUCCGGAAAGACCCAACUUGCGCUGCAGCUAUCCCUCUGCGUCCAACUCCCAUCACAUCUGAAAGGGCUAUCUGGCUCUACAUGCUACCUCACCACCUACUCCGGGCUUCCCACUCCUCGUCUUGUCGAGAUAUAUUCUGAACAUCCUGCUUUCCGCAACUUGCGCAUCAAUGCUCUCGAGAACAUCACUACGUUGGCCACCAAAUCCUCGGAGUACCUCAAGACGGUACUAGCCGCUCAACUGCCGGCUUUGCUGGCGGAUAAGCGCCGCACCAUGCCAGUGAAACUGCUUGUGAUCGACGUUCUCGCCGACCUGUUUAGCGAAGACGGCAAAACCACAACUUCACAACUCGCCGAACGGUCCCGCGGCUUGGGAGAGAUAUCUGCCCUCCUCCACGGCCUUGCAUCUCAAUAUGGCCUGGCGGUGGUUGUGCUCAAUCGCGUCGUCGACGUAUUUGAGUAUACCGCAGCGCAAGGCACUGCCCACGAGCUCGUCUAUGCCGAACAGGCCAAGCUGUUCAGCAGCGGCAACAGCGUCGCCGCUGAGCAAAGGAAGAAGGCAGCUCUUGGUCUGGUCUGGGCCAACCAAGUCAACGCUCGUAUCAUGUUGACCAGGACGAAUCGGAGGCGUAUGGUCGAAGGCGCAGGACCCAAACGCCCGAGAAUAUCCGACAGUUCUGGGCGGCCCCCGGUUGUCGCCGCGUCGGAUGAUGACAUUCUCAUCCGCAGACUGUCGAUAUUGUUCAGCACCGUCUCGCCUCCAUCGUCAACGGACUUUAUCGUCACACAACGAGGCGUCGAACUGUUGGCCGAUGACAUCGAUACGUUCAACCCAUCUCUAGUACCACCGGUCUCGCAACGCCCUUCUACAUCUACUGCGCGUCCACACGAAGGCCUGCGCGAUGUCGAGUCCCUGGAUGUCGCCGCCGCACAACAAUCCUCGGACGCUGCCGUGCCUUCCGAAGAGUCCUCUCAGGAACCUCCUGUCGAAGACGAAGAGGAGUUAUAUUGGAGAGGGAUGGACGAGUUCAGCUCGGACGCGCUGCUGGCGAGUGACCUUGGCACCAGCGAUGACGCUGUGCCUCCAUAG